UUACAGGCAUGCUACAGUACACUUCAGUGUUACCCAAGAGAGAGUGCACAUCAUGACUGACUAGCAGAGAGAGUUGAGAGACGGGGAGUGUGCUGUCCUACCUCCAUCUGAGGUUCAGCCGAUUCCUACACUAGUCGACCCUCUGAUUCCGACCUGUCCCUGGAGGAGGACCAGGAGGCGUCUCGGCGUGAAGCCGAGCGCCAGGCUCAGCUACAGCUGGAGAGAGCCAAGUCGAAACCUGUAGCAUUUGCUGUGAAAACCAAUGUAAGCUACUGUGGGACCCUUGAUGAAGAUUGUCCAGUCCAAGGAGCUGCAAUUAACUUUGAUUCCAAAGACUUUCUUCACAUAAAAGAAAAAUAUAACAAUGACUGGUGGAUCGGUCGACUGGUGAAGGAAGGGGCUGACAUCACUUUCAUCCCAAGUCCAGUAAAACUGGAGGCCAUGAGGAUAAAACAAGAGCAGAAAGCAGCAGCAAGGAAAGGAGGGAACGCGUCAUCCGGAGGAUGGAGAUCCACCCCUCCAUCUGCAGCCAAACAGAAGCAGAAGCAGACUGAACACGUUCCUCCGUACGAUGUGGUGCCCUCCAUGCGGCCCGUGGUGCUCGUGGGACCUUCACUGAAGGGCUAUGAGGUAACUGACAUGAUGCAGAAAGCCUUGUUUGACUUCCUGAAGCAUAGAUUUGAUGGCAGGAUCUCUAUCACACGGGUGACUGCUGAUCUGUCACUGGCAAAGCGUUCUGUGCUCAACAAGAAGGCCAUAAUAGAGAGAUCCAACACCCGCUCCAGUUUGGCUGAGGUUCAGAGUGAGAUAGAAAGAAUCUUUGAGCUAGCCAAAUCACUUCAACUGGUCGUCUUGGACGCAGACACCAUCAACCACCCAGCACAGCUCCUCAAAACAUCUCUGGCUCCCAUCAUCGUCUACGUCAAAGUGUCCUCGCCCAAGGUUCUUCAGAGGCUGAUUAAGUCACGAGGGAAGUCACAAAGCAAACACCUCAAUGUCCAGAUGAUGGCUGGGGACAAGCUGGCUCAGUGCCCACCUGAGAUGUUUGAUGUCAUUCUUGAUGAGAAUCAAUUGGAAGACGCAUGCGAUCACCUUGCAGAGUACCUUGAAAUAUACUGGCGUGCUACUCAUCUUCCCUGUUCUGCCCCAGUUAACCCCUUACUGGAACAAAAUGUGGUCACCCCACCUUCCGCUAACUCCAGCCAACAGUUUUCUGAAACUCAAGAGAGCAGCUUGUGCUGUGAGCUGGAGACAGACCAGUCAAGUCUUAGAGCACAGGGACCAGGGCGCCACCAGGGGGCAGCAGACCUCAUCUCUCCAAAACCAGCCACCGCCUUCUCCGGCUACAGUUUGGGCAAAGAGAGCGAGAGAGUCAGAUCCCUGCAGAGAGAGAAAGAGCAGGAGGCUGGUGAGCUGGAGGAGAAGAAGGCACAAAUGCUGAGCGGGGAGCUGGACAGAGGAGCUCCCACCGCACUGCUGCCCCCUCGGACAGAGCUCCCUGCUCCCGCUGUCACUUGACAACUCAGGGCCGCUUUCCGCAGCUGCGCACACUGGGGAUAACUGCCAGUGAAGCUGCACAGUCACCGUUCACUAACCCCCCCCCCCUGCCCACACUGACCAUACGACUGGUCCCAUACCUGUGAUGAGACAGCCCAUGUGCGUCCAGACAGUGACAGAAGGCCGUCCAAACCUCACACCCACUGAUUCAGUGCCCUCUACAAACAAGUUACAUUCCUACAAGGUUCCAGUCUGUUAGUCUGUUAGUUCUCUGUACUGUCUCUGUACUGGCGAAGCUGACGGUAAAACGCACAUUUUUCCAGGGCAACUUUCCAAGAGUCUCACCUCUCUCACACCCUGUCCUGCUCUGAAUAUUAGGCACAGAGGGUGACAGAUAAGAAGUUCUGUAUGUCUUCCAUGUCUUCAGCUUUAAGUGAGCUGUCAUUCCAAACAGUUUACCAAAUGUUUUAUGAGGCACAAUUUCCUACUGUCGUUCAUGUGGGGAAAAUAACUCAUCAUUCUAUCUUCAUGAAUUAUUUCCACUCACAGUAGUUCAUCCAGAAACACUCCAAAAUAGCUAUUUGUGUGUUUCUUUUUUACUUUAGAAUUAUCACUAUUCAUUAUUUACCGAUUGCAAGUCUGCAUGUAGCAGCCUCACAAAUCCCAUGAAUAACAUGCACAGAUGUGCACGCAGUUUAUAUGCAUCACUGUCAGAGCUGUGAAUGUACAUUAAUGCUGGUUUAGAGAGUAUUAUUUACAAUAACUGUCUGCAGAUAUAUUUUGAGGAUCUUGAUACAUUUCUUGUACACUCAUGACCCAACACAACAUCAUAUUUUCACAGAAGUGAUUUAAAUAACAUCAAGAGAACCAAAAUGUGUUGAAUUAGUCGCAAAUAACAUAUUUGGUUGUUAGAAAAUAAUGCUCAAAUGACUGGUUGUGAUUAGGAAUAAUCAGCAGUUAAUUUGAAUGAGAAGUAACAAUUCUUGGUUUCUAGACUAAAUCUUUUAUUGUCAUUAUACAUACUAUUAAUAUCUAAUCAUAACAAAACAUAUGCAGCAGUAACAACUGCACAAACAGAGAGAAUCACUGAGGAACUUUAAUUGUUUGCUUGGCCACAAACGAUCCGUCAAAUUAAAAUGUUGUCAGAAGCCCUUAAAGUAAACCAACAAUAGAUUGCUCCAAGCUGAUAUGUUGGAUAUUGCAGUUCAGAGGGCCACACCUGAUUCUGAAAGCUGUGGUUUGCUUUUGCUGCCAAAUAAUGUAACACAGAAUGCUUUCAGAACUUUUGCGAAAAGCUGACAGUGAUAUAGAAGUAUAAAAAGCUUCUCACAAAAUAUUCACAACAUCAUUUUUAAAACUUUGUUUUCUUUGGGCAGAAGGAAAAUUAAAUGUUUUCUUGCUUUAUAGAGCAAAGUAUGUCUUGAUUUUCAGUUUAAAUGUGACUGGAAACAACAAAGAGAAUUCAUCAUCAGGUGGAUUCAUCAUAAACUAAAAGUAAAAAGUAUUUUCUUUGAAAAUAAAUAAAUGCAUAAAAAGAUCAAUUAAAUUUUUGUCUCCCGGUUUGGUGUGGGAGUCGCCAAAGAAGAAAAAAUACACAAACUCUGCGUGAAGACCCUGAGAAUAAAGCUGCAUGCACCCACCCUCUAGCACACCACUAAAUGAAAAGACUCCCAUAUUACCCUAAAUCAAUCGACUCAGAGAUAAGUACCUCUGAAUGAAAUUGUUUCCUUACCUUUUGACAUGACUGGCUUGUAAGCACAUGCAGGGCAACCGCUGUUCAUUUACAAUGUUAACGGAGGCCUCCACUGUUUAAACUGCGGGUUGGACAGGACUGUAGUCUUUGUAGCAACAAUCUAUACAACUGCUGAUGAUAUACUUAUACUCAUUCAGAAUCCAGCAAAUAUACCACCCAUGUAAAUAAUCUAAAGUAUGUGCAUGACACAUUGUGCUCCUGUUGCAUUAAAAGGGCUUUUCCAGGAUCAUCCUCACAUGAGCUUCUUCAACAUGCCCUAUAUAACCGGUCACAUAUGCAUUAUCAAGGGUCUGCAGUAAAUGCUGUUAAUAACUAAUAUCAAAUCGCACAGAAAUGCUGCAAGAGCUGAUGGAAACUGGAGGGAGUUUUGCCACUGUAUACAGUUUAAAGCAUGUGUUUAUAUGUAAUAUUCUCUCUUUUUAGAAGGGUGCACUGCUUAGGGCAACUGUUAAGAUUGCUUCCAGAAACACAAUCACUUUCAGAGGAUCAGGUUUCAGACUCACACCUUGUAACCGCUCUGACAGAGAGAGCACAAUAACUUAUGUGGAUAACAUAUUGCAGUAUAUCUCCAUAGCCUAACAUUUACUGAAUGAGAGUUCUACCAAAAGUAAACUAGUCUUUUGAAGCCCAAAGCACAGUUUUUUUUUUAUUGUUAUUAUUUCUUAUUUUUGUUUCACUCAUCUAAAUUCUGGAUGCAAUACAAAGUUGAGUAUUGACAAGACUCUAGCUGAGACUAUCAAGGUAUCACCUCAUUUGUGAUGGGGUAUAAUUGCACUACUAUCAUUUCUAUGUAUGCUUACAGAUGCAAUAAAUGCACUAAGUUUGAGUUGUAUGCACCCUCUAUAGUGACCAAUCUGCAUGGCCGACUGAUGGUGUCAACAUUUCUCCUGAUUUCAGACAAUUCAGCAAGAUAGAUUAUAUCCAGCACCAUGUGAUGGUGACGUGUACAGGGUGCAUCUUUGUUAAUGGCACACAUGACGGAGGAGGUGAAUA